GCACCCGCAUCCAAUUUUUUAAAAAAUUGCCAAGUCCCGCACCCGCACCUGUGCUUCAUAGCCUAAUAUUCAUUUUUUGCCAUUGAUUUUCUCAGUGCAAUUGCUAUGGAGCUAAUAUCAAUUGAUAUCAGCUUUUGAAUGAGACUUGACUGUGGAAAUAUUUCACAAUGGGGGGUGUCAUCGGUAAAGCUGCAAAUGGAAUUGGAGGUGUUAUUGGAAGUGCAUUUGCAGCUCCAAUCAAGACUAUCUUUGGUGCAUCAUGCGAGUAUGCUAUUGAUACAAUGCAAUCUGUCUGCCUUAAGGAAGCUGGGGUAAAGGCAUUGGGCUCUUUGGAAGAAGAAACCACUUUAAUGGGCCUUACAUUUGGAGGCUACCUCCGUUUGAAGGCUGAUGAGGAGUCUAUCUACCAAGCUUUGAGCACAACCGUGGGAGUUUUGGACAGCAUUGAAGCAACAAUUGCCAAAUUCUUUUCAAAGCAGAUUGAGACAGUCCUUUUUAUUCUUACAGAGCUCAGAAGCAUGUUUGAACUAGAAGAUGAGUUUCUGGAGGAACUGGAGUUGGCUAUAGCCUUGGUUUCUACAUUAUUGGCAAAGGAGGAAAGUGUACAAGUACAUCUCAUCCAAGCUGCCAAGGAGUCAAGGAGAGGCCAAGAUCACUGA